AUGUUUAAGUUGCUAAGCCGACACGGCCGUCGGAAUGGUGUUGUCAAUUUAUUUUGCGAGAAGAAGAUUGAGGUUAGAAAAGCAAGGGUUUAUUACUUUUAUUCGUCAGCUGGAUCUGUGAGGUUUUCUUCUACUGGUGUGGAUGAAGUUAAAAUACCUACGAUUGCGGAUAAUAUUCCCGAACCGCCGCCGGUGCCUGAUCCUUCAAGCUUCGAACAACUUGCAGAAACUGUACAGUCUUUAUCAGCUAAUGGUGAACCAACAUUUGCAAGUUUAGGUCUAGGCGGUUGGGGACCGGUAGGAAUUGUACAAAACUGUUUAGAGUACCUGCAUGUUUCUCUUGAUGUACCAUGGUGGGGUGCAAUUCUCAUAGGAACAGUUGUAGUGAGAGUUCUUAUGUUCCCUCUUGUUAUUAUGUCACAGAGGAAUACUGCCAUCAUGAAUAAUCAUUUACCUGAGAUACAAACACUUCAAAUGAAAAUGACACAGGCACGGCAAACUGGCAACCAGUUAGAAACUGCUCGAUAUGCUCAGGAGAUGAUGCUCUAUAUGAAAGAAAAAGGUUUGAACCCCUUAAAGAAUGUGCUUGUGCCUUUAGCACAGGCUCCCUUAUUUAUAUCCUUUUUUGUUGGAUUACGAGGAAUGGCAAACUGUCCUGUUGAAAGUAUGAUGCACGGUGGUCUAUGGUGGUUUACAGACUUGACAGUUCCGGAUCAAUUUUUUAUUCUCCCACUAAUUACAAGUACAACUAUGUGGAUAACUAUUGAAUUAGGUGUAGAUGGUGGAAGACUUGACGCACAGAAUAUGCAGCUCAUGAGAUAUUUCCUUAGAGCUAUACCAGUUAUCAUGUUGCCUUUCACAAUAAAUUUCCCUGGUGCAAUAUUGGUAUAUUGGUGUUCAACUAAUUUUAUUUCUCUCUGUCAAGUCGGUUUUCUGAAGAUGCCUAGAGUAAGAGAAUACUUUAAUAUACCAAAAUUGAUAAAACACAAUGCAGAAAGUCUACCCAUUAAAAAGAAAGGUUUUGUUGCCGGUGCAAAGGAAUCUUGGACAAAUAUGAAACUAUCUAGAGAUUUAGCUGACAGACAAAGGAUAGAUGAAAUGAUUUUCACUAAGGCUGGAAAAGGACCAUUACAAAAAACAUACAAAUUUGAUCCGACAAAGAUACCCAAAGUAGAAGCAAAAUCUAAGUAG